GAUCGUAACCAAGGACACCGUUGACAUCUCCAACCUGCCCCUUUCCUACAAAACCAACACACUCAAGGAGGAGCACUUGCUGCAGGUGGCCAACAACUUCUCCCGCCAGUACAGCCACCUGUGCCCGGACCGCGUGCCCCUCUUCUUGCAGCCCCUGAAUGAGUGUGAAGUGCCUAUGGGGAAACUGAGGCCCAGAGAAAACCAGGGAGCUGCCUAGGGUUACAGGGUUGGAAGGAAGAAGCCAGUGCUUUGGUCCUGGUGCAAGUCCUGGUCUAUUUUGUUCUGUUUCUCUGCCCUUUCCCUGCUGGGGUCCACCUCUAAAACUGGAGCACACCCGGGAGCUGCUCCUACCCAGAACCUCUGUAGGCCUCGGCAGGGCCUCACACUUGGCAGGAGACCUGAUCUACUUCAGCCCUGACUUGCUGGGUCACCUUGGCCAGCUCACUUAGCCUUUCUGGGCCUCAGUCUCCCCCAUUGGUACCUGGGGGUUGGAGGAAGGGAUUCACUCAGGCCCUCCCAGCCGAGAAUCUGAAUAAGCUUGUUCUGUCUCAGUGCUGAUCAUAUGAUAGGUACCUCCAAGCCAUUGCCACUGCUCCACCGACAGCUGCCAUAUGCCAGACCUGGACGCUGCCUUUCCAGCCAGGGGCUGCUCUGCUACCCCAGGGCCCUCAGGCCUGGCCUGCUGCAUGGGCCUCCAUUCCCCGGGUCUCCCUGUGCUUUGGAGGAAAGAGGCCACUCCAGGGUGCCUCUGCCUGACCCCCUCAAGCCGCCCUCGCACCUGUAUUCCUCAACCACGGUGCUCAAGCACCAGAAGGGGAACUGCUUCGACUUCAGCACGCUGCUCUGUUCCAUGCUGCUUGGUGCUGGCUACGAUGCCUACUGCGUCAAUGGGUAUGGCUCCCAGGCUCUGUGCAACAUGGACCUGACUCGGGAGGUCUGCCCACUCACCGUGACACCCAAAGAGACAGUCAAGAAGAAAGAGAAGGCACAGCCCAAGAAGUACACCAUCAAACCGCCACGGGACCUGACCAGCAGGUUUGAGCAGGAGCAGGAGAUCAAGAAGCAGAAGGAGGCCAAAGCCCAGGAGGAGAAGCGGUGGUGGGAAGAAGAAGAAGAGCACCUUCUGGAGGCAGAGAGGGCGAAGCCUGACCCCCUACAUGGCCUUCGGGUGCACUGCUGGGUCCUGGUGCUGUUGGGGAAGCGAGAGGUGCCUGAGAGCUUCUUCAUCGACCCUUUCACUGGCCGCAGCUACAGCAUCCAGGAUGAUCACUUCCUGGGCAUCGAGAGCCUCUGGAACCACAGGAACUAUUGGAUCAACAUGCAGGACUGCCGGAACUGCUGCAAGGACUUGGUCUUUGACCUGGGAGACUCUGUGAGGUGGGAGUACAUGCUCUUGGGGACAGAUAAGCCUCAUCUGUCCUUGACUGAGGAAGAGGAUGAAGGGAUGAAUGAUGACAAUGACACAGAAGAUCUGGACAAGGAGAACCAGGAUAAGAGCUUCGAUAUGCCGUCCUCAUGGGUGGAGCAGAUCGACAUCUCCCCAGAAGGUCUCUGCCAAUGCGUGUUCAGUGCUUUCUCCAGAACCAUCCCUGGACUCCAGGAAGCAUUUGAAACCCACUGCCUGAACGGGAAGAAGGUGCUGCAUUACAGGAGGGCACAGCUGGAGAAAUGGGCCCCGUACCUCAACAGCAAUGGCCUGGUGUGCCGCCUCACCACCUACGAAGACCUGGAGUGUACCAAGAUUUUGGAGAUCAAGGAGUGGUAUCAGAACCGGGAGGACAUGCUGGAGCUGAAGCACAUAAACAACAGCACAAGCCUGCACACUGACUACUUCAGGCCGGGCCACCCCCGGGCUCUGCAUGUGCACUCAUACAAGUCCAUGGAGCCUGAGAAUGACCGUGUCAUGGAGUUUUAUGAAACAGCCCGUGUGGACGGCCUGAUAAAAUGGGAGGAGACUCCCAGGACAAUGACUCAGUACUAUCAAGGACGCCCAGACUUCCUCUCCUACCGCCAUAUCAACUUUGGGCCCAGGUUCAAGAAGCUCACUUUGACCAGCACAGAGUCGAACCCCCGGCCCAUACUGAAAAUCACAGAGCGGUUCUCCCGAAACCCAGCGAAGCCCGCAGAUGAGGAUGUGGCAGAGCGUGUGUUCUUGAUCUCCGAGGAGCGCAUCCAACUGCGCUACCACUGCCGUGAUGACUACAUCACUGCCUCCAAGCGCGAGUUCCUGCAGCGCUCUGAGGUGGACAGCAAGGGCAACAAGAUCAUCAUGACAUCAGACGUGUGCAUCAGCUUUGAGGUGGAGCCCAUGGAGCACACCAAGAAGCUUCUCUACCAGUACGAGACCAUGAUGCACCUGAAGAAUGAGGAGAAGCUGUCCAAACACCAGGCCUGGGAGUCCGAGCUGGAGGUGCUGGAGAUCCUGAAGCUUCGAGAGGAAGAGGAGGAGGCACACAUACUGAACAUCUCCAUCUAUGACACCAAGCGCAACGAAAAGAGCAAGGAGUAUCGGGAGGCCAUGGAGCGUGUGAUGCACGAGGAGCACCUGCGGCAGGUGGAGGCCCAGCUGGACUACCUGGCUCCAUUCCUGGCCCAGCUGCCCCCGGGUGAGAAGCUGACUCGUGUGCAGGCUGUGCACCUCAAGGAUGCGUGCCUCGGUGACUUCAAGCAGCGGCUCAUCGACAAGGCCAACCUUAUCCAGGCCCGCUUCGAGAAGGAGAACCAGGAGCUGCAGAAGAAGCAGCAGUGGUACCAGGAGAACCAGGUGACCCUGACACCAGAGGAUGAAGACUUGUACCUGAGUUACUGCUCUCAGGCCAUGUUCCGUAUCCGCAUCCUGGAGCAGCGGCUCAAUCGACACAAGGAGCUGGCCCCCCUGAAGUAUUUGGCGUUGGAGGAAAAGCUCUACAAGGAUCCACGCCUGGCAGAGUUCCUCAAAGUCUUCGCUUGACUCCUCAUGGGCACGUGGAGGAAGCUGUCAGAGAUGAAAUGGAAGCCUAUCCAGCCCAGCCCUGUGCACCUUACACCCCACUGAUGCCCAUUCCCUCGGGCCUGGCCCCUCGGUCACACUGCCUCCCACCUCUCAUCGUUUUCCUGUAAAUAAAAACAUUUUUUAC